AUGGAGGAAGAUAUAAUUCAAGAAGAUAAUGAGAUUAAUAAUAUUCUACUCGGGAUAAGUAAUGUUGAGGAGUCGGAGAUUUGUUUAGUGGAGAAGAAUACUACACAACAAGAGGAAGAAAUGCUUGAGGACUCUAGUUCUAGAGUUAGUCGUAAUAAGAGACCGCGGGAGGAGGAUGAGGAAGAAGAGUGGAUAGCGUUUGAAAAUGCAGGAAGUGCUGAGGAGUUGAUCAAUUGCAAACCUUUGCAAGAUUUAGGUUGGAGAUGCCAAAAACCACUCGAAGUUGUUAUAUCUUACGGCGUUAUUAAGAAUGUAGAAUUGGACUUGAGUAAAAAAGACAUGUUAGAAGUUAUUUGA